ACUGUUUGGUAAACUCCUGUUUCGUGCUUGUUCUUACUUACGAUGGAGGUUUUAGGAGAAAUUAAUAGCUUUUGUCGCUUUUGCUUGAGCCAGGACUGCGAAUUGCUUAUGCCACUAUCCAGCGCCAUCGAAGACCUUUCCUUCUCCAUCCAAGACAUACAGCAAACGACCGGGAUUCUGAUUCUUGAGAGCGAAGUCGAUUGUCUAACCGUCUGCACCAAAUGUAGUACCAAAAUUGAAUUCACAGUUGAUUUUCGUCGUUCCUGCAUAAAUGGAAACAUUCUGUUUAUGCAGCUCUUUGGUCAUAUCAUCGACAAGCUUCGUUCAGCCGACAUUGAGGAAGAGAAUCAGGAGGACGGAGCAUACGAAAAUAACGACCCGAUGAAAAUCGAAAUUGUUCGGGAAAACCAAUCAAACCAUGCAAACCAUUCGAAAGCACACGAUGAAUCGCUAUUUCCGGUGGACGAGUCGCAAGAGCUGAUCAAUGAGCGAACUUCCAACGGACAUACGGAUUGUGAAGACGAACACAGCAGAUCUGAGGAUCUCCCACCUUUGCCUAUGAACAAGCUAAGAGCUAAAAGAAAAAUCUCAAAUUCCAGUGCGUUUGAGGCCACAUCGAAUCAAAGAAAGGCAAAAUCAAAGGAACGGAUUCCGACUAAUGAAGGAAAUAAUCCGAUAAAACCAAAACCCUCCGGAAAACAUAGAAAACGAUUAUGCGGUAUUUGUGGUGCACUAGUGUACAAUCUAAUCGUACAUACACGAUCGCAUACCAAGGAAAACCUUCUCAAAUGCCCGCACUGUCCCGUACAGAUGGCUCAUGCCACUAACCUGCGAGCUCAUGUGCGUGCGUUUCACGAGAAAGUAGUCAUCAAAUCUUGUGAACCGUGUGGCAAAGGGUUCAUCACAUAUGACUCUUACAAAACACAUAUGCGAACUUACCACAAUAUCGGUGCGCAGUACCAGUGUGAAAUUUGUCUCAAAAUGUUCAAACAUCCUGCCAAUCGCCGAACUCAUAUCAAGCGAAUACAUAUUGUUGAAUGGAAGUAUGAAUGCCAGAUUUGCCAGAAAAAGUUCAAAGACGCGGAUGUUUUGAGAGAACACGGAAGGGUCCACUCUACCAACGCUCCAUACGCUUGUAGCCACUGUCCAAAGCGAUUUAAGUCGCCCUACGCAAAAAAAACGCAUGAAAUAACUCACAGUGGUAUCGACUUCCCAUGUACACUCUGCACUAAGGUGUACCGAUACAAGAGCCAACUCAACAUGCAUUACCGGAAAUGCCAUCCAGAGGAAUGUAAACCCGAACCAGCUUAGCAAAAAGUCCCACAUGGCAUCCAAUAAUCAUGUAAUGACUGAUAUAUUUACCUUGAUCACACAAGGUAUCGAACGCAGUCGCGAUCCGAAAAAUAAACUUGUGGCCACCGAUUCGAUAGUGUGGAACCACAGCUACCAGAGCCCAGAAACUCAAGUUUCACGUUCUACAUCGAAUAAAACCGGAAGUGUAUCAAA